GCUCUACCUGGCCGUGCACCAGGUGGAGGUGCGGCUGCCGGCGGCCGGCCCGCUGGAGGCCAGCGCGCGCCGCUACCUACGCCGCCUGGUGGCGCUGGGGCCGCGUAUCUGCGGCUCCGACGAGAACGACCGGCUGGCCGUUCAGAUUCUGCUGGAGGAUCUAGCAGAGAUAAAGAAAUCAGUCCGUAGCCACCACCAGCUAGAGAUAGAUCAUCAGGUGGUUUCCGGCUCGUUCAAGAUGCGGAGCCUGGAUGGCGUGACGAGCGAGUACGCCAACGUGCAGAACAUCGUGGCGCGGCUGGGGCCGGCGGCCGGCUCCAACCACAGCCUGCUGGUCAACUGCCACUUCGACACGGCCAUCGGCAGCCCAGGUGCCAGCGAUGACGGCAUCAGCUGCGCCGUGAUGAUGGAGGUGAUGCGGCGGAUCUCGCAGAGUCGCGUCCGGCUGCGCCACAGCAUCGUCUUCCUCUUCAAUGGCGCAGAGGAGAACAUGCUGCAGGCGGCGCACGGCUUCAUCACACAGCACCGCUGGGCACGGUCGGUGCGCGCGCACGUCAACCUUGAGGCGUGCGGCGCUGGCGGCCGGGAGCUGGUGUUUCAGACGGGGCCCGGGCAUCCCUGGCUCGUCAAGGCAUACGCAGAGUCGGUGCCGCACCCGUUCGCCCACAUCAUCGGUCAGGAGGUGUUCCAGUCAGGCAUCAUUCCUUCCGACACGGACUUCCGCAUCUUCAGAGACUACGGCCACAUCCCAGGCCUGGACACGGCCUUCAUCCGGAACGGCUACGUCUACCACACGCCGUACGACGACGAGCGCCAGAUCACGGCGGGCAGCGUGCAGCGCGCCGGCGAGAACGUCGAGGCGAUCCUGCUUCGGCUGGCCACCGGCGACGACAUGGUGGACGCCCACAAACAAGAAGUGGGCACCAUGGUGUUUAUGGACGUGCUGGGUCUGUUCAUGCUGGUGUACCCCGACUGGUUGAGUGAAGUCAUCUGCUGCGUGGUGGCCGGGGUCGCCGGGGUCACCAUCUUCGGCUCGCUCAAGUCAAAAGGCCUGAGCGUCCGACAGCUGCUGCUCUCCUGCGGCGUGCAGCUGUUCUCGUGGGCGGCGGCCGCGGCUGUGGUCGCCCUGAUCGCCGUCGGCCUCGACUGCUGGAACGCCACCAUGUCAUGGUACUCGGCCAGGGGCUGGAUCCUGGGCCUGUACGUCUCCUCCAUCCUGGGAACGCUCAUCACGGUGCAGCAGGGCGUGUCCGGCUGGCUCUUCCCCGAGGUGGCGCGUCAGCCGUGGCGGCUGGAGGCGCUGCAGUACGAGUCCCAGCGCGCUCUGCUGCUGCUGGCCAUGUCAGCGCUGGCCGCGUUGCGGGUCUACUCGUCGGUGCUGUUCAUGCUCUUCCUCGUCUUCCCGACCGUGUUGCGCAGCGUCGUGGCCGAGCGGCUUGCUGGCGUUACUUCAGGCGCGGUCCACCUGGCCGUGUACGUGCUGAGCCAGCUGCUGCCGGUGGCGCUGCUCUUUCACUUCGUCGUCAUCAGCACGGAGCUCUUCAUCCCGAUCAUGGGGCGCGCUGGCAACUCCGUCAACCCGGAGCUGCUGAUCGGUCUGCUCAUGGCCGCCUUCACCAUCAUAGGGACCUUCUACGCGAUAACGCUGAUGUCGCUGGUGAGCUGCCACCGGCGACUGUCACGGCUGCUGCUGCUGCUGGCGCUGGCUUCGUUUGCACUGGUGACACUCACGCCGGCCGGCUUCCCGUACAGCGCCGAACGGCCCCACAUCCGCGCCCAGCGCGUCUGGUUCCAGCACAUCGAGCGAACGUUCCGCGACCAGGCCGGUCAGGUGCGCCACCACGACUCUGGCUUCCUGCUGGUUAACCUGGACCGCAACAGCCCGACCUCGCUGCUGGAGGCCCUGCCCGAGCUGGCCACAGCCGCCAACACGGCCGACGACUGCGAGCGCGAGCUGUACUGCGGCCUGCCCUACUACUACCCGUUCAGGCGACGUGUCUACGCCAAUCACUACAUCCCGGGCCCGGUGCCGGAGUUCAGCGUGCCGCUGGUGUACAGCACGACCGUGGAGAGACGGCCGGACGGCCUGCGCCGCGUCCACUUCAACGUCACCGGCCCGGACCACAUGACCAUGCAGCUGUCGCCGCGGCCCGGUGUCGAGCUGCUGCGCUGGAACAAGGCCGACGGCGUGCCGCUCGCCGGCAUGGAGUUCCAGGGACGCCCCACCUACUUCCUCUACUACUCCUGGGGCAAGAGCAGCGCGCCCUGGAUCGUGUGGGUCGACCUCAAGGUGUCUGCCGAGCACGCCGCCGAUGACUACCUGCUGGACGGCGUCAUCAACGGCCACCACAUCCACGGCGCCGGCCGCACCGGCGCGCCGCUGCUGGCCAUUCUCGGCCGGCUGCCCGACUGGACCGUUCACAUCGGCUUCGCCUCCUCCCUGGAUGCCAUCCGGGUGUAGUUCUCGCCCUGUACUGCAGGCAGUCGGCGUGCAGUCCCCGCUGGACCGCCUGGUAUCGCUCAGUGCAGGUAGGGGGGGGGGGGG